AUUUUUCAUAUGCUUUUUAAGAUUGCAUUUUAUUGUGGAUGCAAUUUUAUUUCGAUCGUGUGAUAUAUAAUGCCAUCUUUCAGUAACCAAUGCAAUGUGGAUGCACUACUAUAUUAUAAUGACUGUCUGAAAAACUUUUUCGCACUCAGAUGCGAUCACGUUAAUCAGCCAUAGCGUUUGUACCAUACAUGUAUCGGUGUGAUCCCGUGAUAUUCCUCGUGACUAUUUCGACAAAAAUCAACGAGAAAAUUGUCAAUGAUCCUAAGAAAAUGAUAACAUUUCGCACACGCGUGCACGCUGUUUUAGGCAUGAAAGCGCUUCCAGCUUCUUAAAAAUCGUUUAUUAUUGCACUUUGUAAGUGUUAAAUCCUUAAGUUUCAUCUCGCGUAAGAUGUUGAAAGACGGAGAGAAGAAAUUAGUGAAACAAUGCGAAUUUUUCUAUGUGACCCUCACUCGUUUUAUCGAAAAUUGACAGCAUGUUUAAUCGUCUAAUCCCAUAAAAUCCUCGAACAGGUUAUGCGAGAGAUUAUGCGCGAAUAAAAUAGAUUGAUCUGAUUCACUGAUUUGAAACGUUGAUGAAUUACGGUAUGUCCUGUAUUCUCUUAUGAGCAUCAUCACUUAAAGCCUAAGAAUGGAAAGGAAUGGUGCUAGAGAGAUGGAGGAGCGUAGAUGCAUUCGAGAUACUGGGAAGGCCUUAAAGAAGUAUGGGAGUACAGCUAAACACAUGACAAGGACCGAGAGUUUAGUGAAACACACGGUGUGUCCUACAGACACCCUCCAAGGAAUAGCUCUGAAAUAUGGAGUUACGACAGAACAAAUAAGAAGGGUUAAUAGAUUAUGGGCUUCAGAUAGUUUAUUUUUACGAGAACAUUUGCUUAUUCCUAUUAAUACAGAUAAUUCUGCUGCUAUAUAUAAUAAUGAAUCGAUAGCUCCCGAAGAACAUGACGUCCCUCCAAAUAUAUCUAGUCCUUCUUCAAUAUCAUCUAUUGAUGAUGAAAGUUCAGUUAACGAUUUCUUAGCUAAAAUGGAUACUUCAAUAGCUAAUGUCAAGAAAGAAGUCAAACGCGCUCAAGGGAACAAUUCUGUGCUGAUAGUAAUGAUGUUUACGUACAACGACGGCAAGAAUCUGCUAAAUUACGAAAUUCAUUUCCUACUAUGUCGAAUACUUACUCGACAUCCUCCUCUGACUCUGUCAGACCCAUGUCCUCUAGUGAUAUGCAUAAUUUUCCAACUGCUGUAGUAAUGACACAAGGAAAAAAAGUAAAGACUUCCUUACAAAGACUUGAGCAGCAACAAGAUGAAAUGUUCCAAUUGUAGCGUUUAAGUUUCAUUGGGUUGUAAUAUCCUGAUUGUCGACUGUUAUUAAAAAGCUUGUAGGAAAGGAUAUACUGUAUAUCAAUGUGAUAUAGGAGAUUGUUUCUCAUAUUCAAUAUUAAUUGAUCCAGUUAUAAAUUUAAUUGAACUGCAUUGUCCCUUUUUGAUUUUUGCUAUCAAAAAAUUGUUUGUAUUGUUAUAGAUUUAAGAUUAAUCUUAUAUAAUGAAUGCAUCAUCAUUGUAUUUCAACUUUAUGAUUUUUUUCUUUUUUUUUUUUUUUUUGCCAUGAUAAUAUCAUAUGAAUAGGUCAACUAAUUUUUAUACUGUUUGAACAUUACGGUAAACUGUUUCACCAAUGUUUAGUGGACCGUAUGUGCCUUGAAUACAGAAAAAAAAUCUCUACAUUAUAUAAAAAUAUUCUCGAUACUUUGUUUUUGUCUAGUUAAAUAUCUCACAUAAAAAUUGACAUACAUUUUCUUACUUUCUUUUUUUUAACUUUAUAAAGCACUGUGAUAAAAUUACAAAAACUAAAAGCAGCUUCAUGAAAAAUAGCUGCAUAAUAGAAAAAUAGCGCAAAACUACAUAUACAACUAAAUUGUAGAAUCUAUCUAUAUGCAAUAUGACUUUUUUAAACAAAUUGUUAUAUUUGUUAUAAUAAUAAUAUAUAUUUUAUUUUCUUUUAGCUAUCUUAUCAUAAAUUCUUAAUCUCUUUUUUUCUUACAAUGAAAAACAAAUAUAUAACACAUAUUUUUGGAAUAUUAAAUAUAUAUGUAUAAAUGUUAUUAUUUUGUUUAUAGAAAUCCUAGCAAGAAGAUUAUUAUCAACAAAUUAACAGAAAAGGCAGCAAUUCUGACAAAGAUAUAAAAUUAUUAUAAAAUAGUUCCUUUAAUUUUAAUUCUUAAUUGAAUUUAAAUUUUUUAUAAAUAAUAUUCAUUUUAUUGGUGUAUAAUAUUAUUAAAGCAUAUCUUAAAUAGCAUCACUCAAUUAUGUAAAUAUUAUAAUCUCCUCACACACACAAUUCCAGAAAUCAUAAUUCUUUAAAAUAUACUAUAUAAAGAGAUCCAGAAGCUAAAAAAGAUUUCAUUAUUUAAACUUCUAAUUUUUACAAAAAAAGCGAUAAAAAUUAGUAACGAAUUAUUUCUAAAAAAGAAUACUUGUAUACCUAUAGACUUGAUAUACAUUGUAUAUCAUAUAUAUUGUAUGUGUGUGUAUAUAUAUAUAUAUAUAUACACACACAUACACACAAUAUAUAUAUGUAUCCAAUUUUGUACAUAAUCUAAUAAAAUUCUAUAUAUUAUGCUGUACAUAUUGUUAAUAACAAUACUAGUUGAUAAAAUGGUCUCUAAGAUUAAUACUUAUACAAUGUAAUUUUAUUGUAAAAAUAUAUAUAAAAUGUUAUACAUAUAUAUAGAUAUAUAUAAAUUAUAUAUAAGAUGUUAUAAUCUCUUUGAGGCAUUCUCUCUCUCUCUCUUCUCAUCAUUAUAUAAAUAUAUUAUAUAGUCUUAAUAUGUAAGUUAGGAGAAAUAUAACUGAAUGAUAUGACUAUAUAAAAAAGAUAUAAAUUAAAUAAAGAAUUUAAAAAA